AUGUCCGACACAUUCAAAAUGAAGGCCUGUCUACGGUCCAACAUCAUCGUUCUUCUUCUUGUGUAUCUGAACACAGUCGCUGCUAGGCGUGGUGGAGGUUCCUGGGGAGGUUCUGGUGGUGGUUCCAGCGGUGGAGGCUCAAGUGGCGGGGGCGGAUCUGAAGGUGGCAGUGGAGGGGGCACAGCCGAAAACCCUCCCCCAGGAUUUAAUUCAUGGUCGUAUAACAAUAACGGUAUCUUUGAUGAGAACGACACCGGCUGGAAAUGCGACCCAAACACCUGUGGAUGUCAGCAGUUGACUGAACGAGAAAUUGUCUACGGCAUCCCAGGGCUCUACUACAAUGGCACCUUGACAGUGCAGCACCACAUCACGAAUAGCUCAUCCUGGCUAGAUAAGGGGCCUGGAGCAUGUGAGUCCUACAUUGACAUUUACCAACGAUGGGUACAUCUUAGAUCGAGCGAUUUUGUCGUUUCUGGAACGCCCUACGGUGGCACAUACUUUUAUGACACCUCCAUAGGACGCUAUACGCUUUCAGAUGCAACGAACCGCCAUAGAAACACGACCGCCUACUGGUCGACCAAGAUUACCAAUUCUGACAUUGACAGUAUCUCUGCCCGUGCCGUCUACAAGACGAAACCACCACCGCUUAACUUCGAUCAGGAUACCAGUAGGCCUGAGCCCGCCUCGAGCCAGUACAUAACCUUCAGCGAUGUAUGUGCUUGGAACUCAGACCUUGCAACCCAGGAGUAUAAACCACUUCAACGCAGUAAUGUAUCCCACAACGAUCAUAUCAACACGACGACGCCUACAGUUUGGCUGAAGCCUGGUGCCGUGGCUGAAAUGAAGGGCAUCGGCGCCUCAAAGAUGACCUUCACUCUUCAAUCAAGUCUCGAUGCUGCAAGGCCCUGGAUGAAUCUACGACAGGCAAAUUGCGGAGACGGCGCCAAACAAGGCACUCAAGAUUAUUCGAUUGACGAUCCAUUUGAACUCGGUUACUUUUAUUAUUUGAUGAAUGACGACGAGUUGAAUGAUUGGAGACUUGACCUGUCCUUCAGUCUUUCCUUUGAAGGCAGCCUUGUGCGCGAAAACAGUACACGCAUAAACGAGACAAACAAAGACGGUCUGGUGUUCGAGGCUACAUAUGAGACUCCUCCGCCGGACUAUACACUGCCCUCAGAAUCUGAUGGCCAUAGCGGCUUGAAUAGUGAGUCGGGUGCAACAAAGUUGUUGAUGCAGAGCUCAAGUACUUUUGUCACAAUCAUGAGCAGCUCGACCGUCUUAUUGCUCUUGGUAUCUGGUCUGGUGUGA